ACGACAGAACCAAUCAUGUCAAAUAUGGCGGGGUUUCCCUCUUGAGACAACCACCCAAAGUACGACAGAAUCAACGCCACGUAUUUAAUUCUUUAACAUUUUCUCAAACAAAGUGACAUGUCGUUCACUCUCAACGCAAUUACCCAUGCUUUCCCUCUCAAAAGCCUUGAAGUAGCUGUUUCUCUGUAAGAAAUUGAGCUACCUACAAUGGCCUCCUUGGACGAAGAAACGGCCAACAAAAUCCUCAAUCAGGUGGAAUUUUACUUCAGCGACAGUAAUUUACCCCGCGAUGAUUUCCUUGCGAAAAAGGUUUCUCAAAGCAAAGAUGGCAUGGUUAGCUUGGCUCUUAUAUGCUCGUUCUCCAGAAUCAGAGCUUUACUGGGUUUGGGUAAAAUAAGACAAGAUGAUAUUACAAAUGUCGUAUUAGAAUCAGUUGCUGAAAUUCUGCGCAAAUCGAAUUCUCUCAAAGUUUCUGGCGAUGGGCAAAAGGUGGGCAGGAUUAAGAAGCUCUCGAAGACAGAAAAAGUUAUACAGCAAGUGGAUUUAAGAACAAUUGCAGCAUCGCCUUUCCCGUAUGAUGUUACAUUGGAAGAUGUGGCAUCUUUCUUUUCUCAGUUUGGCAAGGUUAAUAGUGUGAGGCUACCCCGUCAUGUGGCAGACAAAAGGGUUUUUUGUGGCACUGCUUUGAUUGAGUUCUCUACAGAUGGAGAUGCUUUAGAUAUCUUGAAGCAAAAUUUAGUUUAUGCUGGUGCCAGUUUAGAAUUGAAACCAAAAAAGGAAUUCGAUUCUGAGAGAGCAAUUAUGACAGAGAAAAUUGGAACAGACGGCUCCUUUAUGGACUCAAAUUAUAAGAAUGAUGCCAGCACAACAUCCAUCUGCCCAAAAAGUUCAAUAGUUACAUUUUCAUUAAAGAGAAGAUCAAUUGGAAAACCUGUUAAAAAUGGAGGCACUGCUCCGUUGAUUAUUAACAGUGGAGCAGUUUGUAAAAGAGAUAAGAAUUUGGAUUCCAAUGGAUUUGUUGAAGAGAUAAAAAGUGCCUCAGAAGAUAUUGUAGUAGCACCUUCCAGGAAUCCUGAAAAAGAAAAAUGCAAAAAAGAUAACAAAGAGAUCAUUUCUGAAGACAACAAGAAGAAGGAUCUGCAAGAUGCCAUUUGCCAUGAUAAAGAUCUAUCUCCUGAAAUUGUUUGUCAACAUAGUAAAGAGAAGAUAACUGGUGGAGAAAGGUGCGCUAGUUUAGUUCUUGAAGAGAAGGAUGUUCUCUCAUCUAAGGACCUAAAAGAUGUCUUUCAAAGAUUUGGUGCUAUUAAGCAUGUCCAUUAUCAUGAUGGAGCAGUUUCAGGUUAUAUUUGUUUUGAAGCAACAGAAGGAGUUAUAAAAGCUUGUGCUGCUGCAGAAUUCAUUGAAGAGGGUCUCAUUGUGAAGAAUUUCAUUGUUUCAUUCGAAGCAGUUUCUGGUAAAACUGAUGAACGAUAUUCAAAUAUGCAUUGUGAUGAUAACAAGGAAGGUUGUCACAUAAGGAGGGAUGACAGAAAACGGAAACACAGAUCCAAUCAAGGUGAAAGACAGUUUGUAGGCAGAAGUUCCCACUCCAACGAAAGCGAUUCUUGAACCCAGAAACCCAAAAAAGGUCAACAGGUGAGUGGUGACUCAUAAGCAAUUAUUGGUCCAUUUAGCAUAAUUUUUGGUCUAAAAAAGAGGACAAGUGAGCAUGAGAAUAGAUUCAAAGGAAAAAAGAAGCUACUAGUAAUAGAUGUAAUUUAGCAGGUGCAUGAGCCAAAAUAGAUUUUAUGUUUUGCAGUUUUUGGAAUUUAACUGCAAUAUGGGUAGUUAUGUUAGAAAUUUAGCAGGUGCAUGAGCCAAAAUAGAUUUUAUGUUUUGUAGUUUUUGGAAUUUAACUGCAAUAUGGGUAGUUAUGUUAGAAUUUAUCUCGUCUUCAGCAUUCUAGAUAGAUAAUACGGAUCAUAGAAAUUGGUAUUUGUUAUCUUUUCUUUGUUUGAUAUUUCGGCCACCGCAAAAUAUCUCUGAUAUUUCAUUGGGGAUCAGGUUACCUCUGACCAUGCACUUAACUUUUAAGUAAGCAAACACUCUUCUUUUUGUUUUUUA